AUGGCUGAGUUCGCUUCAAUUUCUUUUCCAACAUUCUUUGGAUCAGAAGAUCCAAUGAAUAAUAAUCUGGGAAGCAACAGCUCAUCUUCAAAUGGAGGAAUGUUUGUCCCAAUGCAAACAGAUGAUUGUACUGAUAUGUCACCCAACAAAUCCAAUGAUCCCCCACCUCCGCCACCAAUUGUCAUCUGCCCAACAGAAGUUGACCAUAUCAACAUCACAUUGGAAAAGAACCAGCAAUGUGCCUGCAAGGAUUGUGGCAAAUUAUUUAAUUCCGUAUGGUAUCUGAAACAGCAUGCUGUCAAGCAUUCGAACGACAGACCUUUCAAGUGCAAAUUUUGUUUUAAAACAUAUAAAUUUCGAUCAAAUCUCUAUCAACACAAAUGUCCAGAUCGUCAGAAACAUCUUGGACAGACAAGACGUGGGAUGAUGAAUCUUCCAAACAAUACUCGCCGAAUGGAAACUAACCAGAUUUUGAAAAGUAGAAUUGAGGCCAACAUGGUUGCCGACGAAAUGACAACUUAUCAAUCGAGUUCCAUGUCCGAUAAUGAGGAAAAUGAUAUUCCAAUCACUUAUGGACUUAUCAUUCAUCGGUUCGAAGAAAAUUCAUCUGUGAUAUCGCAGAAUUACAGAGCUCCACCUAGUCCUCGGCCAAUUUCCCCACGGGAAAAGACCAUUCGACCCAUAAAUUGUAUUCGUGAACACCAACUACCAGACCAUGAAAUCGAAUCCUACAUCUCAGAAAACAAGAGCAAAUUACACACAUGCCGAAAAUGCCGUUUGUUAUUCCCCACUGAAGCCAGUUUGAUGAGACACUCAGCUGCUCACAUGAAAGAGGACAUGUAUCCUUUCAAAUGCUCGAACUGUCGUCAAUCGUUUGAAUCUGAUCGUGAACUUCGCCGACAUGCACAGUUACAUGGUGUGGGUCCCUGGAAAUGUGAACAAUGCAACGGAGUAUUCCGAUCAUCUCCUGCUCUCCGCCGUCAUCGCGAUCAAUGCCGUUCUUGUCAUCUACCUGUUGAGCAGAAUGAUAUGAUUGUAAACGUUGCGUCACCAAUUGAUCCAUUUGGUUUUAUUCCAUCAGAAUCAGAUCAAUUAUAUAAUGGAAAUAAUAAGAAAAGUCCUGAUAGUGGAGUUGGAAGUGAAGGAAGUCCCGAUCGAUGUCAUUCAAGUCCCGAACGUGCCCAAUUACCAAUUGAAGAUUUAUAUGAUAUGUGUGCAGGGCAAAAGAAGGAAAAAGAUGAUGAUGAAGAUAGUGGAUUUAGAUCACGUCUUAAUUCAGUUACCCAAACGUGUUCACCUGGAUCAACAUUUUCCUCUGAUGAAGGAUCGCCACAUAGGAAGCUAUCUGGAUCAGAUGUUGAUUGUGGAUUACGAAGUUGGGAUGAUAUGGUCUCAAUGAAUGACAAAACAUUUAUGGGAUCAAUGGGAUGUUUGAUGGAUGAAUUAAAAACAACCUCUCGUCCCAUCAAAAACGUUUGUCUCAUUGUAACAACCAACUGUAUCAAAUGCUACAGCAAUGUUGAUUCCAUUCGAGGAAUAACAGACUGUACAACAGGGUGGUGCAAGAAUUACGUUGGUGGAUCUGGAAAGUUAGAACAAUCAUGUGAUUUGACCGGAGAUUGUAGAACUUGUGGAUACGAUCCUUACAGCAAUGAGGUUUAA